AUGUCAACUCCACUCUACAGCAAAGAUGGAAUCUACACAUCCCCAAGACCGCCAAUCUCUCUACCCCAUGACCCAGAAAUCUCUAUGGUUCCAUUCCUCUUUAGAAAUUUUUCAUCCAUUGCUCAAACUACUGCACUUGUUGAUUCCGAAACUGGCCAAAUCUUAACAUUUUCAGACCUCAGAAAACAAGUUUCUAAGCUCUCUAAUGCACUUCUCAAUCUAAAAAUCUCCAAAAACGAUGUAGUUUUCAUCUUUUCCCGGAACUCAAUCCUUUUCUCUGUAUCUUUCCUCGCCGUGGUGGGCAUUGGUGCUAUUGCCACCACUGCCAACCCACAGUACACCGCGAGGGAGAUCACAAAACAGGCCGAGGACUCAAACCCAAAACUUAUCAUCACAAUUCAUGAACUCUAUCAUAAAAUCAUGCAUUUGAAUCUACCUUGUAUUAUUCUAAGUCCCAAAACUUCAGUUCAUAUUACAGUCAAUCCAAACAUUCCAAUAUGGUAUUUCUCAGAUUUGAUUGAAUCAUUGGAUUCAUCUGAGUUACUACCACUGCCAUCAGUUUUACAAACUGAUGUUGCAGCCCUAUUGUAUUCAUCCGGGACUACUGGAACUAGCAAGGGGGUGGUAUUAACCCACAGAAAUUUCAUCGCCUCAUCUCUAAUGUUAACAUCGGAUCAAGAGGUUUAUCGAGAUCCAAAGGACGUGUUCUUGUGUUUUCUUCCUUUGUUUCAUAUUUCUGGUUUGGCGGUAGUAUUAUAUGCGCAGCUGCAGAGAGGGAACACAGUGGUGGUGAUGGCAAAAUAUGAGAUGGAGAAGAUGUUAAUGGCUAUUGAAAAGUACAAGGUUGCACAUAUGUUUGUUGUGCCGCCAGUAGUUAUAGAAUUGGCAAAGCGGCCAGAGGUCGUGAAGAAAUAUGAUGUUUCGUCCUUAAAGGAGAUUGCAUCAGGGGCUGCACCACUGGGAAAGGAAGUGAUGGAAGAUUGUGACAAAAUUUUUGCAGAAGCUGUGAUUUAUCAGUCUAGUCCACCUUACCAAAAUGAAUUUGUGGCUUGGACAUAA